AUGGCGGCCAGCGCUGGUGCAGGCAACUGGUCGGGCAGUAGUGGUGGCAGCUGCUCCUCCACAGUCGGCACAGCAGCCCCACAGGAGGAACGUUUGGUGGUGGUGGUGCGCGUACGUCCGAGUUUCGAGGCCAGCGAACGCUGCAUUGAAGUCAUUUCGGGUGGUUCCUUACUCUUUGACGAUGGCGGCAAGAGUCGAACCCGUAAAUAUUCAUACGAUCAUGUUUUUAAGGAGAACGAUACACAGGAGCAGGUCUAUAAGACAACUACAGCGCCGCUGGUGCGUGAUGUUUUGAAUGGUUACAAUGCUGCGGUCUUCGCUUAUGGCGCGACAGGAUCAGGAAAGACUCAUACAAUGCUGGGCCCGGUGCCACGUAAGAGGGGCACGGCGAGCACGCCAGCGCCAUCUAAUGCGCCCUCAACCGCAGCUGGCUACGAAGCGGACGUAAAUAGCCAAGAGAUUGGCCUCAUGGUUCGUGCCAUCGAAGAUAUAUUCCUGCAUAUCGAAAGCGCCUCUCCGGACAGCGCUUGCAAGGUGUCCAUUUCUUAUUUGGAAAUCUACAAUGAACUCAUUCGUGACUUGCUCAAUCCGGGCGGACCAUUGGAGCUGCGUGAGGACAACCGAGGUCAGCGUAUAACUGUGGCCGGCCUCUCAGAGAUUACUACCUCUAGUCGUAAGGAAGUUGUCUCAUUGCUAGUAAAGGGAAACAAGGCGCGGACCAUGGAGCCCACUGCUGCGAAUCAGACUUCCUCCCGCAGUCAUGCUCUUCUCAGCAUUACCGUGCAGACCCGCACGCCACUGGGCACCAAGCAGGGACGUCUCUUUCUCACCGAUUUGGCAGGCUCGGAGCGAGCCAAAAAGACAAAGAAUCGCGGCAAGCGAUUGCAGGAAGGUGCACACAUCAAUCGCAGCUUGUUGGCUCUGGGUAAUUGCAUCAAUGCGCUCUCCGGUGGGGCCCGCUACGUAAACUAUCGAGACUCGAAGCUGACACGACUAUUGAAGGAGGCGCUUAGUGGCAAGUGCAAGACCGUUAUGAUUGCGCAUGUGGCACCUGAGAGCAAGCAUCGCGACGAAACAAAAAACACACUCGUCUAUGCGGAUCGCGCCAACAGCAUUACAACGAAGCUCCAGAACUCGGUCUACAUCGAUGAGAUCAAGGAUUUCCCCACCAAGCACUAUCAGAGUCUGGUGUCGGAGUUGCGGGACGAGGUGACCCGCCUACGCUCCAAGAUGCUGACGGAGCGGCCCCGCAGCGGAGCAGCCGCAACAGCCACCCAGCAGCCGGUCAGCGGGGAGACGGAUGAGAAACGCAAGACGGAGCUGCGAUACCUAAGAGAGCAGAUCGUACUCACAUUUAAACAACAAAUGAAGCUGAGACGCAAACUUUUGGAGGCCGAGAGUCAUUUGUUGGGAUUGGAGCUGGAUGCGGAACGACAGCACAUGAUCAUCUCACACUGGCAAGGACGCAUUGGCAAGCUUUACGACACUCCCGGCGAUGAUGAUAUUGAAUCCGAGGGUUCUGUGGCGCUCAAGAAUGCCUGGGGAGAGCUGGCGGCCAUUGAGAAAGAGAAUCGUCGCUACAAGGAGAUACGCGAGCGAACUGAACAUGAGUUGGAGCUGUGUCGUCAAAAGGGCGUUAAGCUUGAAGAUGAGCUUCCGGAGCGCAUAAGCAGCGAUGAGGAGCGCGAGCUGCUUGCUUUGCUCUGUCGUGUGCACGAGCUUGAGGCCGACAAGGUGUCGCUGCAGGCCGAACGUCUGGCCCGCCAGGCCGAGCUACGACGUCGCGAUCUGCAGCUUUUACGGGCCGAGCGUCAGCGUCGCCUCUGCGAGGACAUUAUUAGCUCCCAGCGUCGUCUCAUAGAAGAAGGCAAUGUGGAUCUGCCAGACGAGCUGCGCGAGCUGUAUGGCCUGUACCAGCAGGAGAUACAUGCGGGCGUGGUUACGCCUAGCAACUAUGAAAAGAAACUACCGCCCAUAUAUACAGCUGGUUCUGAUUCUCCGGGCUCCAGUUCCAGCUCGGAAUGGUCACCGGCCUCUCCGCUGCCCCACAUCGAGGGACAGUUGGUGGCUGCAGGCGGUGAUCAAAUUCUGGUAUCAGAUGGUCCCGAUCGCUUGAUGGGUCCGCCGGUGAAUCCGCGACUGCCUCGUCUUGCCACCGCCAUGCCUGCAGGCAGCCAACGUCGCCCCUCCUUACGUACGGCAAAGCAUACGCACACCUAG